CUGACAGUAGCUGUUCAGAAGUGGAUGGUGUGUGAAGGCAGCCAGAUCUCCCCAGUCUAGAUCUCUCUGCACUACCAUGAUCAACAUGUACCAGACCAGCCUGCCUCCACCACCGAUCCCCCCACGGCUAGACUCUGUCAAGUCAGCACCAGGACCGGGCCACAACAAACCUCUCCUCGGUUUCCUCAUUGGUAUGAUAGUGCUCCAAAUGCUGCUGCUACUGGGGGGAUUCACCUACCUGUACCACAAGGAAAACGAGGUAAGAACUCACCUUUCUAGAUAUGGUUAUAUGUUUAUUCGUUUUUUUGUGCCACGUUUCUUAGUGCCAAGUUCAAAACUAUCAUAGGUCAUGGAUACAAGUCUAUUUUUGUUAUGCAGUCUAUUUGUUGGUAACACUUUAUUUGGAUAGUCCAUCUGUAAGUGCUCUACAGACUCUACUAACCCUAGCUCUAACCCUUAUCCUAACCUUUAUUCUAAACCUAACCCUAACCUUAGCAAGCAGUUGCUUAUCAACAGAUAGUUUGUUGAUAGUAUGACCAUCUGUAGAGCAUCUACAGAUGAACUACCCGGACUAUCCAAAUAAAGUGUGACCCGUUUAAUUAUUUUAUAGCUGAAAUCUAUCUUGGACUCUGCUAGAGAGUGAGAUAUUGUUUGACUUUGACAGCCGUCGACUAAACGUGACAUAGUAAAGUGUCUCUUCAAAGAGCGAUGUGGUUUACUGAGCAAGAGCGUAUUUUUUCGACAUCUAAAGUAUUUCAGUGUCAACCUAGGCCUACUAUUCUUCAAGCACAGGAAACACUGAACCUCAGUUAUAAAACAAUUAAAAUGGGUUCAUGAGGACAUUUUCCAUGAUCAGAAUAAACAUUUAACAGAAACAUUUAGAAACAGCACAUGCUGCUGCUUAGUCCUAACAUGCUUCAUGAACUUGUCCUGAUGUGAACUUGAAAGACUGAAGUGUGAUCCUCCUUAAGCAGUGCUGAUAUUAAAUAUAGGGUUAACAUUAAUUCCUGCUAUGUUUGGGCUCAGUAUGAGGAGGACUUUGAACACAAGUACCUGGAUGACAUGAUCGUCCUGAGGAGACUUGGGGAGUGUGAGAAAGACAGCCAAUCAGUGCUGGACUGUAAGAAGCUUGUGGAGAAAUACAAAAACAUCAUAGCAAAGGUAAGCCGAGGUUGCUGAGACUCAAAUUAAGGUUUUAUGAGUAAAUUUGUAGAAUAAAAACUAUCCAGUUUUAACAGAUAAUUAAGCAAUACUAUGCUCUCUCUCUCUCCUCUCAAGGUCUCACAAGUGGAAGGAAAAGGUAUGUUCAAAUAUUUAAUUACAUACAGUGAGUUCCAAAAGUAUUGGGACAGUGACACAUAAUUUGUUGUUUCGGCUCUGUACUCCAGCACUUUGGAUUUGAAAUGGUACAAUGACUAUGAGGUUAAAGUGCAGACUGUCAGCUUUAAUUUGAGGGUAUUUUCAUCCAUAUCGGGUGAACCGUUUAGAGAUGACAGCACCUUUUGUACAUAGUCCGCCCAUUUUAGGGGACCAAGAGUAUUGGGACAAAUUCCCUUAUGUGAAUUGAAGUAGUACCAUUUUAAGUAUUUGGUCCCAUAUUCAUAGCACACAAUGACUACAUCAAGCGUGUGACUCUACACAUUUGUAGGAUGCAUUUGCUUUUUGUUUUGGUUGUGUUUCAGAUUAUUUUGUGCCCAAUCGAAAUUAAUGGUAAAUCAUGUAUUGUGUCAUUUUGGAGUCACUUGUAUUGUAAAUAAGAAUAGAAUAUGUUUCUAAACACUUCUACAUUAAUAUAAAUGCAACCAUGAUUACGGAUAAUCCUGAAUGAAUCGUGAAUAAUGAUGAGUGAGAAAGUUAGACGCACAAAUAUCAUACCCCCAAGACAUGCUAACCUCUCACCAUUACAAUAGCAGUGGAGGUUAGCAUUUUUCUGGGGGGGUAUGAUAUUUGUGCAUCUAACUUUCUCACUCAUCAUUAUUCACGAUUUAUUCAGGAUUAUCCAUAAUCAUGGUAGCAGCCACAUUAAUCUAGAAGUGUUUAGAAACAUAUUAUAUUCUUAUUUACAAUAAAAGUGACUCCAAAAUGACAAUACAUUAUUUACCAUUCAUUUCGAUUGGGCACAAAAUAAUCUGAAACACAACCAAAACAAACAGCAAAUACAUCCAACAAAUUUGUAGUCACAAGCUUGAUGUACUGUAGUCAUUGCGUGCUAGGAAUAUUGGGCAAAAUACUUAACUUUUGACUACUUUAAUACACAUACAGUUGAAGUCGGAAGUUUACAUACUCUUAGGUUGGAGUCAUUAAAACUCAUUUUUCAACCACUCCACAAAUUUCUUGUUAACAAACUAUAGUUUUGGCAAGUCGGUUAGGACAUCUACUUUGUGCAUGACACAAGUAAUUUUUCCAACAAUUGUUUACAGACAGAUUAUUUCACUUAUAAUUCACUGUAUCACAAUUCCAGUGGGUCAGAAGUUUACAUACACUAAGUUGACUGUGCCUUUAAACAGCUUGGAAAAUUCCAGAAAAUGAUGUCAUGGCUUUAGAAGCUUCUGAUAUGCUAUUUGUCAUCAUUUGAGUCAAUUAGAGGUGUACCUGUGGAUGUAUUUCAAGGCCUACCUUCAAACUCAGUGCCUCUUUGCUUGACAUCAUGGGAAAAUCAAAAGAAAUCAGCCAAAAACUGUAGACCUCCACAAGUCUGGUUCAUCCUUGGGAGCAAUUUCCAAACGCAUGAAGGUACCAUGUUCAUCUGUACAAACAAUAGUACGCAAGUAUAAACACCAUGGGACCACGCAGCCGUCAUUCCGCUCAGGAAGGAGACGCGUUCUGUCUCCUAGAGAUGAACGUACUUUGGUGCGGAAAGUGCAAAUCAAUCCCAGAACAAUAGCAAAAGGACCUUGUGAAGAUGCUGGAGGAAACAGGUACAAAAGUAUAUAUAUCCACAGUAAAACGAGUCCUAUAUCGACAUAACCUGAAAGGCCGCUCAGCAAGGAAGAAGCCACUGCUCCAAAACCGCCAUAAAAAAGCCAGACUACAGUUUGCAACUGCACAUGGGGACCAAGAUCGUACUUUUUGGAGAAAUGUCCUCUGGUCUGAUGAAACAAAAAUAGAACUGUUUGGCCAUAAUGACCAUCGUUAUGUUUGGAGGAAAAAGGGGGUUGCUUGCAAGCCGAAGAACACCAUCCCAACCGUGAAGCACGGGGGUGGAAGCAUCAUUCUGUGGGGGUGCUUUGCUGCAGGAGGGACUGGUGCACUUCACAAAAUAGAUGGCAUCAUGAGGAAGGAAAAUUAUGUGGAUAUAUUGAAGCAACAUCUCAAGAAAUCUGUCAGGAAGUUAAAGCUUGGUCGCAAAUGGGUCUUCCAAAUGGACAAUGACCCCAAGCAUACUUCCAAAGUUGUGGCAAAAUGGCUUAAGUCAAGGUAUUGGAGUGGCCAUCACAAAGCCCUGACCUCAAACCUAUAGAACAUUUGUGGGCAGAACUGAAAAAGUGUGUGCGAGCAAGGAGACCUACAAACCUGACUCAGUUACACCAGCUCUGUCUGGAGGAAUGGGCCAAAAUUCACCCAACUUAUUGUGGGAAGCUUGUGGAAGGCUACCCGAAACGUUUGACCCAAGUUGAACAAUUUAAAGGCAAUGCUACCAAAUACUAAUUGAGUGUAUGUAAACUUCUGACCCACUGGGAAUGUGAUGAAAGAAAUAAAAGCUGAAAUAAAUAAUUAUCUCUACUAUUAUUCUGAAAUUUCACAUUCUUAAAAUAAAGUGGUGAUCCUAACUGACCUAAGACAGGGAAUUUUUACUAGGAUUAAAUGUCAGGAGUUGUGAAAAACUGAGUUGAAAUGUAUUUGGCUAAGGUGUAUGUAAACUGAAUUUGUCCCAAAAAUGUUGAUCCCCUAAAAUGGGUGGACUAUGUACAAAAUGUGCUGUCAUUUCUAAACGGUUCACCCGAUAUGGAUGAACAUACCCUCAAAUAAAAGCUGACAGUCUACACUUUAACCUUAUAGUCAAGGUAUCACUUCAAAUCCAAAGUGCUGGAGUACAGAGCCAAAACAACAGCAAGUGUGUCACUGCCCCAAUACCUUUGGACCUCUUUGUAUAUUUUUCUUUACUUUACUUGCCACUCUACCAAGCUCACCUUCUGUCAGCAGAGAACCUCCUAUUCUGAGAGGGUGAAGACUGACUGACUGACUGACUGUCUGUCUGUUCUCCGUUUCAGCUGCCAAACUCACUGGGAGUGUGCCCUCGAAUGGAGCCAUGGCACGCGUGAUAGUCAAGCAACCUGUGGCUGACAGACCUCCUACAUGUAAGAGAUUUGACUUAUCAUGAUCAUUCUUGGUUUCUUUUUUUCCUACAUAAUUGUAGCCUCAAUUCAAGAUAAGAGAUUCAGUAUAAGGUUUUAAAACGCACUUACAGUCCACAAGGCCAGAACAGACGAUGGGAAACGCACAGUACUACGUAGAGCCAUGACUACAUACACAUACUGCAUACACAUGCUAACACACGUACACAUCGAUUAUGUAUUGUAGAUAUGUUGUAGUAGUGGGUAAUAAUGUGUUGUGAAGGGUAACGUUUGAAGCGUAUGUACAUUUCCUUAAUGUUGCUGGACCCCAGGAAGAGUAGCUGCUGCCUUGGCAUCAGCUAAUGGGGAUCCAUAAUAAAUACAAAUACUUAAAAAUAUUGUCUGGUUGUACAGCAAAGUAUCUGGAGUGGAACAUAGGCCACUCAGUGCUGAGGAACGUCCAGUACUUCAAGUCCAGCUGGCUGAAGGUUCUGCAGCCUGGAGACUACAUCAUUUACUCCCAGGUGGCCUUCUCCAAAUGGCACCCCAAAACCCUUUUGGCCAGCCGCGUGAAACUGAGGAAGGGGGAGGCUGGACAGGAGAAGGACCUCAUGACAUCCUACUGCAGCCUGGGGGACCAGAAUCAUACAGACCUGUGUACGGCCUUCCAGGGAGGAGUGUUCAGUCUGAAAUCUAAAGACCAGCUCUCUGUGUGGGUGACGGACCCCACCCUGGUCAACUAUGAGGAGGGGACUACCACCUUUGGAUUAUAUAAACUGUAG